CUGCAGCCACUGUGUUUUGAUUUGCUCCGCAAAUCACACCAGCGAUCUGUGCAGCCACUCUGGCUCCAGAGUUUCUAGAAGGAAGCGGAGCUGUCGCGCGCCUCCAUCCACCCUCGGCUCCAGGCGGGGCUUGCCGAUGGGUGUGGUGCCUCGCGUAGGAAGUUGACUUCAUCUGUGACUGUACUGCAUGUUGAAUGAAUCGUGACGGCAACCCGAGAGGGACUGUAACUCCAAGUGGCAUGGACAUAUAGUGAAGACUGCUUUUAUCAUUCUUAUUAUUAUUGUAAUUAUUUUCUGUCUUAUUAUUUGGCAUCUGUGAAAGGUUGAAGGUGUCAGCUCUCUCGGAUCAAGAGCAAUGGGUCUCCUGCAGCUGCUGAAAUCCCAGUUCUUGUGCCACCUGAUCAUCUGCUACGUGUUCCUGGUCAGCGGCAUCAUCAUCAACCUGCUGCAGAUCUGUACUUUACCGCUGUGGCUGGUCAACAAGCAGCUGGCCCGCAGGAUCAACAUCAGACUGGGCUACUGCAUCAGCAGCCAGAUGGUAGCUGCCCUGGAGUGGUGGUCUGGAACAGAAUGCACGCUAUACACAGACCCAAAGAGUUAUCCACUGUAUGGAAAUGAGAACGCCAUUGUAGUUCUCAACCACAGUUUUGAGAUAGACUUCCUGUGUGGCUGGACCUUCUGCGAGAGGUUCGGAGUUCUUGGGAGCUCAAAGGCGUUAGCCAAAAAAGAGCUGAGUUAUAUACCUAUUAUUGGCUGGAUGUGGUACUUCCUGGAGAACGUUUUCUGCAAGAGGAAGUGGGAGGAAGACCGAAGGACGGUGGCUGAGAGUCUUCAGAACCUGCACGAUUACCCAGAACACUUCUGGUUUUUGCUUUACUGUGAAGGCACACGCUUGACACCGAAGAAGCACCAGAUCAGCAUGCAGGUGGCUGAGAGCAAAGGUUUACCCAAGCUGAAGCAUCAUCUCCUGCCCCGGACCAAAGGAUUCUGGGUGACUGUCCAGAACCUCAGAGGAACCGCUGCAGCUGUUUAUGAUUCCACGCUGAACUUCAGAGACAACGAAUCACCGAACCUGCUCGGCAUUCUCAACGGGAAGAAAUAUCACGCGGACCUGUAUGUGAGGAGGAUCCCUCUAGAGCUGAUCCCAGAGGAUGAAGCAGAGUGUGCUGCCUGGCUCCACAAGCUCUACCAGGAAAAGGACGGCUUUCAGGAGCACUACGCACAGACAGGGCGUUUCCCCAGCCCUGUAGUGAGCCCUCCCCGCCGACCCUGGUCUUUGAUCAACUGGCUCUUCUGGGCCUGCUUGCUCCUCUACCCGCUAGGCCUGCUUUUCUCUGAGCUGAUCAGCUCUGGAUCAGUGCUGACCAUCUUAGUGUCCGUGGCUCUCUGCUCUGCAGCUUCGCUGGGAGUUCGCUGGAUGAUUGGCCAGACUGAGAUUGACAGAGGCUCAGCCUAUGGCAAUAAGGAGGUUCCUCUGAACAACAACUAAAGCCUCCCGACCUCCUCACAGCUGCUUCUUUGCACAGCCACUAAUAUGCAAGACUGCCAGCAGUACAACGUGCAAACACCAGUCUGACAGGAUCUGCUGGCCUGACAAGCACAGACCUGAUUUAAAGCAUACUGCAGACACCCAGUCUAAGCGGUAUGCUGAAGAAGCUCCAGAUGUAAGACCAUGAAACUGGGCCGUGGUGGGCAGCUUCCCUUGGGAAACGUGCGAUAAGAACGUGUGGCAUUAGAAAUAUGGCUUUACUACAUUCUCCUCAAAUCAAAGUGUAAAUAUAAUAAUGUAAUAUUUUCACUGGUAACUGAAAUUCAACCAGGUGAAAAAUGGACUACCUCUGUCAAUGUAACAUAAACUAUAAAUGGCUUUUUCUUGGUGGAAGAAAAUAAACUU